AUGGCCGUAAACAACUGGGUCUGGGUUGGCCCGCUGUCCCUGCUGGUGGCGCUGUCAGGCAUCUUCUACGCGUACCCAUAUCCGGUGCUGAAUCUGUACGGUGGACGGGCGACGGACGCAAAGAUCCAUACGACGUGGCUGCAUCACGGGCCAGUGAACAAUGACAAGUGCCGGACGAAUUCUCUUGGACAAGCGUGCGAGGACGUGCGAAUCCAUCAUGACUCGGCGACGGCAUUCCUAGCAUGCGGCUAUCCCGAGACGCGAGAGGCGUUUUAUCCGCCCAUGAACCGCCACGACACCGAGAGCGCGGCCACCUACCACGAGUACUUUGUGAAAUACGACAUCAAGACAGACAAGGCGACCAAGAUGAAGAUUGAGGGUCUCGACUCAUCGCACGAUCUGAUCUUGCACGGCAUUGAUCUCUACCUGCCAAAGGACGAUAAAUCAAAGAUCUACAUCUUCGCCGUCAACCACGACCGCAAAGGCGAAGCCAUUGUGCUCUUCUCCCACACGCUCGGGACCGACGUGCUGACGUACGAGCGCGAGUUUCGCCACCCGGCCAUCAAGACGCCCAACGCCGUCGCGGCGACGAGUUUGAGCUCCUUCUUCAUCACCAACGACCACUACUUCUACGGCGGCGGGCCCCUGGCGACCAUCCUCCGCAGCCACGAAGACCACUGGGGGCCCUGGAAAUGGGCCACCGACGUCGUCUACUGCAACGCCUCGUCGUCGUCGGACAUUGACUGCCGCACCGUGUCGCCGCCGAACGCGCACCCGAGCGCCAACGGCGCGCUGCUGGUUGACGACGGCAAGACGCUCCUGAUCAAUGACGUGGUCGAGGCGACGACGACCGUCUACGACGUCGAUCCGGAGACCAAGGUGUUGAGUGUGCGCAAGAAAGUUCAACUCGGUGCGGGCGCGGAUAACCUGUCGCUGAUACCGGGGACAGAAGAUAUUGCCGUUUGCAUCUUCCCCGACGUCCCCUCCCUGAUCCACCGCCUGAGCGGCGAACACCUCCUCGACACGACCCUCAAGGGCGAGGCCGCCAUCCUCCGCCUCGUCAAGGCCCGCGACUACGAGCCCGAGCUGCUCUACUGGGACGACGGGUCGCUGAUCACCGUGCUGACGGGCGCGGCCGUGGAUCCCAAGCACGGCAAGAUCAUCGCGGGCGGGGUGGUCGAGCGGCAUUUUAUUGUUUGUGAUGUCGACGUCUAA